AUGCCUCUGCGCUGGGCCCUGCUGCUGCUGCUGGGCCUGAGCGCCCGCAGGGGCUGGGGCUGCCUGCAAUGUGACAACUCGGUGCUGAUGACCCUGCGCCAGCUGCGCUUGGCCAUCAUACCCAGCCGCUUCGGCGAAGAGCACGUGCGGGCCCGCGCUCUGGCCCUGCUGCAGGGCAUGGAGGGGCCUUUCUUUCGGGACUACGCUGUGAACUCGUUUGUGGGGGUCGUGGGGACAGAUAACCUGGACCUUGUGGCGAGCUUUAUGAAGAAUCAAAUAAACAACUUAAUGGUUAAUUCUCUGAGAGAUGGGCCUCUGCUGGAACAGCUGGUGAUUCUUAGGGAGAAGGUGACCAUGAAACUCAAGACAGUUUUAAGAUUGUAUGAAUUAAAAGGCUUGAUGAAAGAAGAGGUCUUGGACUGUUUACAUUGCCUGAAGAUCAGUCCCAAAUGCGUAACAAAGAAGUACUGUUUUGUCGACAGGCAGCCCCGAGUGGCCCUGCAGUACAACAAAAAGAGUGGAUACCUGCAGAACCAGGCCGUGCUUGGCAUCAUCGUCUCCGUGUGUCUGGCUGUCUUUGCCUUUGGGGUCAUCGUGGCUUCGGCUAUUACUUACAGGCAAAACCGGAAACUCCUGCUGCGGUAG